ACACAGUACAUACACAUUUCCUGAAAACGCCCGUGCAAGAGAAAAGGGAAAAACUCAAGUGACAUAAUAGUAAGGCGGCGUUGUUUAUCCAAAGAAGGAGGGGUGGACAUAGGCUGAAUUGUGCGCCAAGCUUUUCUUCACGUUCCUCGCCGUCAUAAAACAAACCAGCCGCACUGAACAUCUGUUUCAACAGGUCCAGCCUUAACGCGAGACAGGUCGGCGACUGCGGACGACUACGGGAGCUGUCAACGCCACCAAGCAUCCGCGGAGCCCGGCAGCUUUUUAGCAUGGGACUCGGACUGACGGGCUGAAUACACGGCGGAGAACCGACUAACAUAGUGCGGAUGGGAGGAAGCUCAACGUUAUCCUAACGUCAAGUCUGUGAGAGCUAGCUAAACCCAGUGGCACCAUGUUAGGAAACCCAGGCACUUACGCUAACAAGAAGAGGAAGAAGCCUGUCCUUAAACAAAAGAAACUCCUGGAAGGUAAUGAAGUUGUUAAAUCAAACCCUUCAAAGCGACACCGGGAUCGGCUGAAUGGGGAGUUGGACCAGCUGACAGAGCUCUUGCCUUUUCCCGAGGAUGUUCACUCUCGUCUAGACAAGCUGUCGGUCCUUCGCCUCAGCGUGGGAUACCUGAGGGUCAAGAGCUACUUCAGAGCAACCAUGAAGAACAGUAGCAGCAGCCUGAUGUUUCCUGGAGUGAAUGGGCAGAGCGGGAACAACAUGGACACAGCAGGCUUCUCUGAAGGGGACUGUCUGCUCCAGGCGCUGAACGGGUUUGUUAUGGUAGUCACACCAGAGGGCCUGGUGUUCUAUGUGUCUCCUACAAUCAAGGACUACCUGGGCUUCCAUCAGUCGGAUGUGGUUCACCAAAGUGUGUUUGAGCUCAUCCAUACUGAUGACCGGGCCAUGUUCAGACAGCAGCUUCACUUUGCACUGAACCCCUCACCUGUUGGCGCAGGUGAAGACGCCUUGCAGAGCUGUGUCAAUACAGUGAUGUACAGUCCUGAGCAUCUCCCCCCAGAAAACUCUUCCUUCCUAGAGAGAAGUUUUGUGUGUCGUUUCCGCUGCCUUCUGGACAAUUCCUCUGGCUUUCUGGCUCUGAGGUUCCAGGGGCGACUGAAGUACCUCCAUGGCCAGAGUGUUUUGAGGGACAACGGAAUGUGCAGCAAACCUCAGCUGGCACUGUUCAGCAUCGCUACGCCUGUCCAGCCUCCAUCCAUUGUGCAGAUCAGGGCUAAAAUGCUCUUCUUUCAAACCAAACACAAACUGGACUUCACACCCAUGGGUGUUUGUAGCAGGGGGAAGAUUGUUCUGGGCUAUUCAGAGACUGAGCUGUGUAUGAAAGGCUCUGGGUACCAGUUCAUCCAUGCAGCUGAUAUGAUGUACUGUGCCAACAACCACAUCCGCAUGAUUAAAACAGGAGAGAGCGGACUGACUGUUUUCAGGCUGCUGUGUAAGUCGAGUAGCUGGGUGUGGGUGAAGGCCAAUGCCAAGCUGUUAUACAAAGAAGGAAGACCUGAAUUCAUCAUUUCAUAUCAGAAAGCUUUAGUCAACGCUGAGGGUGAGGAGUAUCUGCGUCAGAGGCAGCUGCAGCUUCCCUUCAGCUUCACUACCGGAGAGGCUGUUCUCUAUGACACCGGCCCCACAGUGGACAUCACACAGUUUCAGUUUGAUAGAAAGUUCAGCAACAAUGACGUGACCAAAGAUGUGAACCCCGGCUCUUUGGUGGACUGCUUCCUCAGACAGGAUGAAACGCUCUACACCCAGACAGUGGACCACCCCUUAGCUGUGGAUCAGGUGUUCAUGGACAGCCGGGCCCUCGUCAGCGUUCCCAGGGGGGGGGGGCCCCCAGCCACAACAUGUGGCCCUGUUGUAGUGAAAGAGGAGGCCGUGAAGUCUGUGAUGGCUGUGAUGGACAGCUUGGGGAAAAUGGCUCAAAACGGUGAUCUUGGGACAGCUUUGCAGAAACUGGAGGUCAAUGAUGCAGAGCUGAUGGAGUGGGAAAAUGCUCUCAAGAGAUACAGUCAGGAUGAGGGUCAGCAGAAUUGUGUCGGCUCUGAGCUGGACAGCAUCCUCACUAAUGACAUAUUUGACUACAUAGAUGCAGUUUUGUUCAGUGAGAAGGGAGGAGAUGGUCUAAGUGCCAGCCCUCCCAGCUGUCCCAUGGUGGCCAACAACAAUGAGCAGGAUCCAUUCACUCAGGCUGCCUGGCUCCCAGUCACCGAACUCUGUCAGCCGCAGUUGUUUCAGGCACCUUGCCUUGAUCAGACCUUUUCUCUGAUGAAUGGACUCUGUGCUCACCAGCAGAAUGCAAUGAAUGGACCAGGGAUUACAGAGCAGUCUGCUCACACAUUCAACAGCACCCAGAAACUCUCCCACCAAGGUCCCCUGGUUCAUCAGGCUGACACCAACCUGCCUCCACUUCAGCAGCUGCAACUCCAAGACAUUUUGAGCCCGUCAGUAGAGCUCACUGUCCCUGACACCUCAGAUGAUGAUGUCUUAUCCUUGUUUCAGUCCUGUAGGCAGAUCCCCAUUAGCGACACGGGUUUCCCUCAGGGGAUUUCUGAACAAAUGGAAUCAACCCAGUAUCUACUAUGUCCUCAAAACAAUUUGCAGGCUCCUGCAAUGGCAGCAAAUGAUCAGCUGCUGCAAAGCACUGUCGGACAACCAAACAAUGUAGCACCCACAGUGGACCUUUUACCUACCCUGAUUCCUUGCAAUGACUUUAGUUCUUCUGGUCCACCUAAUAUUCCCAUUCCCUUUGCCUCAGCUUGUCUGCAAGGAAGUCCCCCUUUUGAAGCACACAACCACCAGAGUCAACAGUGGCUUCACAACCAGCAGCAGAAGCUGCCUCAAACUGGCAUCAUGCAGAAUGGAAUGGAGCUGAUGCCAUCAUGCCAAAGCCAGACUUCAGAAAACCAAACAUUCCCACAUCCUGGCCUGUGGCCAAAUAGUGUCACCGGGCUGAACCACACUCAGCAGGGUGGGUUGGCAUGUAACCAGGCAGUUACUCGCAGCAGCUGUAUGUUCAACCAGCACUUUUAUCCCAGUCCAGCAGGUGGCAGCAUCCUGGCUCUCUCUGGGCCGGCAGACACAUCUCUGGACCAGCAUGUUCCUCAGGCUUCCAGCUAUGUCUAGUGAAACCCCAACGAGCCUGUGGUAGGCACAUCACAUCAGAUGCAUGAUAUGCAGUUGUUUUCUGGCCAUAACAAAUGGACGGCUGCAACUAACAAUACUCAUCUUGAAUUCUGCCAACUAUUUUUUAAUCAGUCAAGACAUUGUUAAGUCUAUACAAUGUCAGAAUAUAGUAACAAAUACCUCUUACACUUUGCAAGAGCCCAAGAUGAUGUAUUCUACUUUCUUAUUUUGUCAGAUCAACAGUUCAAAGCCCAAAAAUGUACUGUGUACAAGGGUGGCACUUUUUCUUCAUUGCUGAGACAAUAUCAGUUUUCAUUGUCUUUAUAAUAUUGAAUUAAGGCUUAAUUAUCAUUAAUCAUAAAUGAAUAUUUUCUACUUUUCUAUUACUUUAGUGAAGUUUGUGCUAUUGUGCUUGAAGAAAGCUGUUAUUUCUUUAGCCACGUGUCCGCUCUUGUUUA